GGCUGUAAGAAAAGAGAAUAAAAAUCUGACCUGAUCUCUUAUAGCUAUCAUGGGAAAGGAGCUGGAGAGUCACUUUAAAAGAAAGUACUAGCGGUCCUCACUAAAGCUCCAAGACAAACCACAAGAAUUCAAAGCAGCACUUGGAGUUUCUCUCUGAAUCAUUGGAUACCAGACGAGCAUGAGGAACUGUUCCAUUUAUUACCUUACCGGUAAAUACUUAAAACCCGGGGAAGCAUGAUGGAAAGGCUGUGUUUAUAGAUUUCAUACGGAUUCAUAUUAUUGUGAUGGUCUGUAAUAAUGGACUCUUGUAUUACGCUUGUCAUCACAACAUGCAAAGAAAUCUGGCCAGUAUUUAACAUUUGUUUUACCUUGAGUAGCUCAGGCAGGGUGUGAAUUAAGGAGGGAUUGGACCAUAAAAAAGUCCAAACUAACAGUUGGGGGUCUUAGAAAGUGCUUAUAGUGAAGUGGUAAAGUUCAACAUAUUACAUCAUUUUCUACAAAACCUUUACAAACACUUGGAAGUGUUUCCAACGCCUAAAUAGCUAUAACGUCGAAAAAGACGCUCGCGAACAGAAAAAAUCGUAGCCCGAGGUGGUUACUAUAGCAACGGUAAACUGCGCGAACUUUCUCCGCUUUGGUUUAGCGACAAAACAUUAAACUAGGUAGGCUACUUGUUUCUCACUUUAUUGUAUAUUUAUUUUACAAAUAGAUUGCAAAAACACUUUUUUAAAGUAUUUCAGACAGUUGUCGUUUUGCUAACCGUUAGGGACGCCAAAAUAUGUUACAUAAGACGUACCUUAAACGUUUGCGCCUCAAAAAUUACCUUUAGGAAAAAAACUGAUCUCCUUUAAGUUACUUGGAAUUCACACAUCGAGCUCAACUAAUGUCCUCUGCGCAAUCUUCUUUCUUGAUUGCUUUUUUUUUUUUUUAAACCCCAAAUAGACCAGAAGAGCACAUAAAUGACAUGUCAGGCAGUGUAUGAGGAGGUAAAAGCUUGUAUCUGACAGCAGAGCGGCUCAUUCACCUGGUGAACACAGAGCGCCAGCAGCGCAGCCUACGCACUUUGGGUUUGUCCCAUUGCUAGAGACGCGCUCAGUGCGCGCCCUCCCCGAGGACAUCCAGCGGACCGGGCGUUAUAGAGGAGCGCACCCGAGCCUCUCAUCUGUCAAUCAACCAUGUGGUUCAUCAAUCUAACUUUGCUCGUUCUCAAACUGUCUGUGUCUGCGGAGGGAUUCUCCACGUGCCAGUCCUACAACUUGGACGACCACAAAUCUAAAAGGAUCGAGGCGGUGCGCGGACAGAUUUUGAGCAAGCUGCGCAUCCGGAGUCCACCGAAUCCCGAAGCCAGCCCGCCACCGGAGUCGGUACCGGUGGAGGUGAUGUUACUUUACAACAGCACGAAGGAGCUGCUGAAGGAGCGCGCGCGUCAGGCCGAAGCCGCGUGCGAGCGGGAGAGCAGCGAGGAGGACUAUUACGCCAAAGAGGUGCAGCGGAUCAAUAUGAUGCCACUGCGCACAGAUACGAACUCAAUCAACCCGAUUCCUCAGAGCCCGUACUUCAGGAUAGUGGGCUUCGACGUCACCAACGUGGAGCGAAAUUCCAGUACUUUGGUCAAAGCAGAAUUUCGCAUCUUCAGAGCGCCAAACCCACAGGCGCGCACCACAGAGCAGCGUGUGGAAAUAUACCAGAUUCUCAAAUCUGACGACGUGACGGCACAUCUCACGUCUCAGAGGUACAUCGACUCCAGAACAGUUGAGCCUCGAGCCAAAGGGGCGUGGCUUUCUGUCGACGUCACUGAGACUGUGAAGGAGUGGAUGGCGUUCAGAGAGAGGAAUCUCGGACUCAAGAUCAGCGUUCACUGUCCCUGCUGUACAUUCGUCCCUUCCACAAACAAUAUCGUCCCUAACAAGAGUGAAGAGUUGGAAGCCAGAUUUGCAGGCAUUGAUGACGACCUUAUAAAGCAGAACAGAAGACCAGGCAUGACUAAAGGACAGAUUGAAUUCAGCACAAAAACUCCCCAUUUGAUACUAACGCUGUUGCCCACCGACCGUCUGGACAGUCCCACCAAGAAAAACCGCAAGAAGAGAUCAGCAGCAGACACAUCCAUAUGCUCACGGACUGAUCAGGGCUGCUGUCUGAGGUCUCUGUAUAUCGAUUUUCGUCGGGACUUGAACUGGAAGUGGAUCCACGAGCCAAAAGGGUACAAAGCUAAUUUCUGUGCGGGGAACUGUCCUUACCUAUGGAGCGCAGACAACCACUACAACAUGAUUCUCCCGCUGUAUAAUAAAAUGAAUCCAGAAGCAUCAGCAUCUCCGUGUUGUGUUCCUCAGGACCUGGAGCCACUCACCAUCGUUUAUUUCCUAGGCCGAACCCCCCGUGUGGAACAGCUCUCCAACAUGGUGGUCCGGUCCUGCAAAUGCCGUUGAUGCAGCGGAGAGAGAAGACAUAGAGGUCUCAGACGGAGAAGAGAAAGCAGGUUGAUUAGAGGAGAGCAAACUAACAUCUCAAUGAACCCAAAAACUGUCCUCAUGUCGUUCAAAAUUUGUAUGCAUUUCUUUCUUCUGACAAACACCAAAUAUUCAGAAGAAUGUUAGGAAUCAAACUAUUGACUUCCAUUUUGACGCUGAGACAUUUCUCAAAAUGUCAUCUUUUAUGGUCUACAUCUUUAUUUUUGGGUGAACUAUACCUACAAACUUGAGGUAUGAGGAAUAGCGUAUAAUCAUACAUCAAGCAUCUUCAAUACAGGAGCGAUAACCGUCUCCUGCAUUGGUAAUAGUCUAAUAAAUAAGCUUUUUUGACUAAUAUCUCCUUGCAUUUUCAGUGUCGCAACAGUGACACACAAAAUACACGCCAGCAGUACAUCUUUUUUUAGAUUUUGUAUGAAGUUUACUGUAGAUCGGUUUAUAUUUUUGCAAGUGUAAAUAGUUUUUGGUGAUGUUUAUAUGUGUUUAUUUGCUAAAUACAAUAAAUUUUGAUUAGAUAAUA